AUGCAGGAGACCUCGUCGUUCCACACCCUAGAAAUCAAUGUUUUAUCAUGUGAAGACUUGCGUAUUAAUGGCAGAUCGGUGAAGAAGAACACCUAUGUUGUUGUUCGAACGGACCCUCUAAACUUUCGCGAAACAACAACCGACACUGAAGGAGGAAGCCAUCCUUCAUGGUACCAAAAACUUGUUCUCGACAUGCCAACACGGGUAACAUUUAUAACCCUAGAAGUGCAUUGCAGGACUCUUUCUGAGGAUCGAAUUAUUGCGUCAGCAAGAAUGCCAGUGAAUGACUUCAUGGGAGGGUAUUUACCAGAGGGUUAUUUGAGCUUUUUGAGUUAUAGAUUGAAGGACCCAAAAGGAUUUCAGAACGGUGUUAUUAAUAUUUCGGUGAGAUUAAGAGAUUCGGAAUAUUUAGCCAAGAAAAAGAAGGUAAUCAUCCCCGAAGACAAAUGUUCGACAUCACAACCUGCGCUGGCAUUGCCGGUACUGGAUGGAAACAACCAUGAUGUAGUAGUAACUGGGAUUCCUGUUUGGAAUGCUAAAUUUACGUAA